AUGGCGAUGUCCAAUGCUGAUGCUUACGGCCCAUCGACGGCCAAUACUUUAACUUUUUAUGAUCCUGAAAGCAGUGAUUUUGGCGGAGAUACUCAAGCUAGCGAUUAUGAUUUCAAAGAUUUUACAAUUCCAUCACAAACGCAAUCACAAUCGCAAUCGGAUCCGGUCGUUCCCUACCUCGAUGGCAAUAAUAAAUCUUUUACAAAUUCGACUAUUGGAAAUCGCAAUAUCCAUUCUGCGGUGGCUGCCAGCGAUAACUUGUUGACUAAUGUCACGGAUAAAAUGGUCGAUUUAAAUUUUGAAGAUGAUGAAGAUGAAGAGGACGGAUUCUAUAAGAAGGAACGUUUAUUACAUGCAUGCAGUUACUGUGGCAUUCAUGAUCCUGCAGCUGUCGUUAUGUGCAAUACAUGCAAAAGAUGGUUUUGCAAUGGCCGUGGUACUACAUCAGGAAGUCAUAUCAUUAACCAUUUGGUGAGAGCGAAGCACAGAGAAGUAACACUUCAUAAAGAUGGACCUCUCGGAGAGACAGUACUAGAAUGUUACAAUUGUGCUUGUAGAAAUAUCUUUGUACUAGGUUACAUACCAGCCAAAUCUGAUUCUGUUGUUGUGUUACUUUGCCGACAUCCUUGUGCAACAUUGACAAAAUCGAAAGAUGAUGACUGGGAUCAAAGUCAGUGGCAGUCAUUAAUUGAUGAAAAGUGCUUCCGCAAAUGGCUUGUUAAGGUACCUAGUGACCAAGAACAAAUGAGAGCCAAGCAGAUUACUGCGCAACAAAUCAAUAGGCUAGAAGAUUUGUGGAGGGAACAUCCUGAAGCUACGUUAGAAGAUCUAGAUAAACCGGAACUAACAGAAGAAGUCCAUCCAGUUUUAUUAAGAUAUGAAGACGCUUAUAUCUACAAGUCCAUAUUUGAACCAUUAAUUAUAAUGGAAUCUGAUUACGAUAAGCAAUUGAAACAAAAUUUGGCCCAAAAAAAUGUAAAAGUUCGCUGGGAUCAACGUCUAAACAAGAAAAGACUUGCUUAUUUCAGCCUUCCUGAUCUUCAAGAUGAUAACGACGAAGUAGGUUUAGAAUUAAAAUCAAAUUUUGAUGUCCCGGAAAGUUGUAAAGAACCUUUUGAAGUAGAAUUUGUAUGGAAAGCCACCUCAUUUGAUAGAAUGCGAGCUGCUGUUCAUAAAUUUGCCAUAGAUAAGACCUCUAUGAAUGGAUACUUAUACCACCGAUUAUUAGGGCAUUUAGUGGAGGAAAGACCAAUAAGUUGUAAACUUCCGAAACGUAUUGCUGUUUCUGGUUUACCAGAACUAAAUGAUUCUCAAAGGACAGCAAUUAAGAAUGUAUUACAAAAGCCGUUAAGCUUGAUCCAGGGACCGCCGGGAACUGGUAAGACGGUGACAUCUGCUGCUUUAGUUUAUCAUUUGGUAAACAUAAACCGAUGGUACGAAAGUUAUGAUAGACUUUAUCCAAAUAUUAAACCUGAAUUAAUACAUUUAAGGGUAAUUCGACUUUGUGCUAGAAGUAGAGAAACUUUAGAUUCUUCGGUUUCAAUGCUAUCGUUACAUAAUCAGAUCCUUCGAAUGGAAACUCCGGAAGGAAUGAAAUUACGUAAGCUACAACAAUUAAGAGAAGAGCAAGGGGAAUUGUCUAGUAGCGAUGAUGCCCUAUAUCGUCAGUUAAGGAAUACAUGUGAAAAAGAAUUGUUACAGCACGCGGAUGUUAUUUGCUGUACUUGUGUUGGUGCUGGCGACAGGCGCUUAACCGGAUUUACUUUCCGUGUGAUUCUCAUCGAUGAAGCCACACAAGCUACGGAACCGGAGUGCAUGAUACCUAUAGUUAGAGGAGCUAAACAGUGCAUUUUAGUUGGCGAUCAUUGUCAGCUUGGACCGGUUGUAAUGUGUAAGAAAGCUGCAGGUGCUGGAUUAGCUCAAUCGUUAUUUGCACGACUUGUUGCUCUUGGUGUACGCCCUAUACGAUUAACUGUCCAAUAUCGAAUGCAUCCUGAUCUCAGUGAAUUUCCGUCGUUCCACUUUUAUGAAGGAGCGUUGCAAAAUGGUGUUGCAAUAGAUAGAAAAGGCUUACCAACGAUUACUGCUUCGGGAAAUAAUUCGAAAGAGGUUCAGCAAGACCAAGCGAAUGUUACUCUUUCAGAUUCGGAAUCCUCGCCCGAAUCUUUGAUAGUGGAUCGAAAUAGGCCAAUGUUCUUUUGGAAUACGCAAGGAACGGAAGAACCGGGCGCAACUGGCUCUUCUUAUUUAAAUAGGAGCGAAGCGGAAAGUGUGGAAAAAAUUAUUACGUGUUUCCUACGAACAGGUAUAAAACCUGAACAGAUAGGUGUUAUUACACCUUAUGAGAGCCAAAGAGCUUACGUAGUAACUCUAAUGAAAACUCGUGGAUCUAUGCAGGAUGAUUUGUACCAAAAAGUAGAAGUAGCAAGCGUAGAUGCUUUUCAGGGUCGGGAAAAAGAUUAUAUUAUAUUGUCUUGUGUUAGGAGUAACGAAUAUCAGGGCAUAGGGUUUUUAAAUGAUCCGCGGCGAUUGAACGUAUCAAUUACACGAGCAAAAAAUGGACUUAUCAUCAUUGGAAAUGCUCGUGUUCUAGCUAAGCAUCCUCUAUGGUAUAACUUAAUUGAUUACAUGAAAGACAAACAUUGCUUUAUGGAAGGGUCAUUAAACAAUCUACGGGAAUGCAAUAUGAGAUUGCCAGUACCUCGUAAGAAAGCGAGCAAAGUACAAUCUAGCUACGGUUUAUUGCCUGGCAAUUACACUCUAUCUGAUUUACAGGAAGUACCAAUUCAAUCUUCGGUUUACAGAAACAUAAAUUACCCGGACGAUUUAUAUAGAGGUCACGAUCUAAUGUCUUAUAUUGGAGGGGGUGGUUUCGGUAAUGACGCAAGAAUACCCUUACCAAGAAAUAUCAUACUUCCUAUGCCACCACCGGUUCUCCACUUUAAUCAGCAAUUUGGCGGUGGUGGUCAAGCCGGCCAUAGAGAUAAAUCACAGCAAGAUUUUUCACAAAAUAUGACAAUGAGCCAAGAUGCCACUCAACCAUUCUCGUUAGGUCUUCUUACUCAAGAUCCAGCACUAACAAACCAGGGAAUGCAUACCCUUUCUCAAUCUGGUGGCUUAUCUCAGGAUAGCUAUUUGAAUGAAGACUUUAAGAUGCAUUCUGGCAUGUCGCAAGAGCUAAACUUUUCCUAUCGAGACAUGAAGAGAAAUUAA